AUGAACGAAACCAACAGCAACACCAAAGCCAACAGCACCCGCGACGACGAAGAUCAAAAAAGAACAAUCAUCACAGACCUCAAUGAUGACAUCCUAGACCUAAUCAGCCGCGAGCUUUGUGCGCACUGUCACAAAAGGCGCGGCGAGAACUCUGUCCCAUACGACGAGAAGGACUGGAAGACCGACCAGGAGGCUUUGAUGAAUUUUGCCCAGACCUGCAACAGAAUCCACCGGGUUGCACGAGCCGUUGUAUACCACAGCAUAUAUCUUGGCUUCGAUGAGCUUACUCUUGCCGAACAUAAUCCAAGUCAACCGACUUAUCACGAGGGCAUCGAAAAGAGACUACAACAGUGCGCCAAAACUCUUCUCGAUUCGAAGGCACUUCGCCAGAAGGUCUCACAUGUCGGCAAUGGAGACGAUGAAAACAAACUCGGGGAACGCGUCUUCGGAACGGAGACACUUGAUAUUGCGGGAGCCGUCCGACAUAUCCAGCUCAACUUUGGAGAUACGCCGUCUUCUCGGAUUCACGGAGCAGGCCUUGUAUCGCAACUCCUCGAAUCUUCUCCUGGGGUCCAGCACCUAGAGCUUAUCAGUAGACAACACAUGAACCUGUUCUACGAUCCAGUCUUUGAACGUCCCAACAUGUUCCAAUCGAUCAGAACGCUCGCUCUAGUAUAUCUCAACUCUUCUCCCGUGUCCCGUAGCCUUGGCUCACUGGUGGAAACCAGGAUGUCUUUGCUGGACAUGUGCACGAACCUCACUGACUUGCACAUACACGGGGUAGACAACAUUCACGUCGAGUCUCAGACUUUCCGCAACGUCGUCACCCUGAGAUUGACCAACUGCAGACUCCGUCUACAGCAGCUUGAAACUUUUUUGGCUCAAUUUUCAAAGCUGGAGACGUUUGUGUUCGCGCGCGGCAGAGUUCGAGAAGGGCAAACCAGGGCCGAACAUCCUCUUGGCGCAGCGGACCAUAGUCGCGAUGAGCAAUUCACGCCGAACGAAGCUGCAGAACAGCUGAGGAAACACCACCGGGAAGGUUUGAAGAGAUUUGAACUGGGGCCUUUCUACAAUUGGGAGGCACAAACUGGGGUCGCACUCAACCGAAUUUGCCACAACUCCUUCACCACUGCUGUCGGGGCUGAGGUCAUUGCCAGCCUUCGAGACUUUGACAAGCUUGAGAACAUUCAUCUUUCUCAAGACGCAAUUCUUGGACCUUACUGUCUGAGAUUUUCCCCCGGCAACUACCCCGUGGUUGCUAUCAGGGGCCUGCUUGUGAGCGACCAAGAUGGCGGCAAACUUGUGAACAUGCUUCCAAGAACAAUCAAAUCACUCCGCAUUAACCACAUCAACGAGGAUCUUACUCGAAGUCUGCUUCGUCUCUCCACAUCUAUAGGAGACUUCCCUGAUCUGGAGGAAGUGUACCUUCACGGGGAGGAUCCACGAUUGGAGCUGUUGUGUCCCAAUCCGAACCCCGAUUUGCGCCGCAGGUACGAGACAAAACUCCAAACCCCGUGGCGGCACAUCCACAGCUGGGUGCUAGAGCGGGUGGGCAAUGCUCUAACGGCUCGAGGUAUCCGAUUCGAGUUUGAAGGGAUGAAGGAAUACGAGCGCAAAACAUACUUCAGAGCAUGGAAAGUAAAAGCCCACUAA